GGAUCAAGAUCUAAAUCAAGAUCCAAAAGAAAAGAUAGAAGUAGAUCCAGAUCAGGAUCAAGAUCAAAAAAGAAAUCGAGAUCAAACAGAAAAGAAAGAAGUCAAUCUAGAUCAGGUUCUAGGUCUAGAUCUAGAAAAAAAUCAAAGUCUAAAAGGAAAAGCCGAUCAAGAUCUAUCUCUAAUCACAAAUCCAGAGAUAAGAACAAAUCAAGAUCUAGAUCACACUCUCCAGAAUCAUCAGACCAUUCACGAUCACGCUCACCUGCAAAGAAGACAGAAUCAAAGAAUGGGAAGUCUCAUUCCAAAUCUCCCUGUCCACAAUCUAAAUCAGAACACUAUGUAGACAAUCUGCACAGCAAGUCACCGUUAAGUGAUAGUUCUUCUAAUGUGUCUCCAUCACCUAAGACCAGAAAACACUCUAAAAGACACUCUAGAUCUCUUUCAAGGGAAAAGAUAUCUUACAAGAGAAGAAAGUCUGAUUCAGAUUGACAAAUGUCUUGUUGUCAAUAUUAGAGAAUAUUUUUUGUAAUGUCAUCUUUUAAUCUUGAAGUUUGGACUCUUUUGUAAAGGAUAGUACAAAUCUCCGGCUGAAAGCUGAAAAAGAAAUGUUGUAAAGAGGACUACAAGGUCAAAGUUCAAAGGUUUUGUGAGCAUUAAAGCAGCUGGAAUUCAACUGGAAAGUAUAAUAUUCAGAAAAUACGUUCUGCAUUGAAGUGACAAAGCUGAAGCUGUGUUCUUGUUACUAUUGAUUGACAAGACUAUGAAAACUUAGGAGAUACAUCAUUGACUGCAAAAGCAAACUCACAAGAAAAGUUUGCAACCAUGCAUUUAGAGGGAGAAAUGGUGUGGCCAACUGUGGCUCCGUAAUAUAAAACUAUUUUAUUUGUGUGAGCAUGUUUGGUAAUAUUCAGAUGGAUUGUUUGUGAUUUUGAGCAUUUUUGCUGGUAUCUUUUGAAAAACUAGCAAUGUUUCACAACUAGGUAGUGUUAUUUAGUAAUUGUUUGAAUGGUUUAUUUAAUAGAAUUUUUUUUUUCUUCUUUUGCGAUGGAUACUUUUCAAAAGAUGAAAUGGCAUGCACUCAUCAUAUUGAUUUAAAUGUCUUAAUAUACAUGUAGGUUAAGUGUUUGUGUCAAGUUACAUGUAUAAACACACAAACUCUAUAAUAAUUAUAAAUCAACUAAAAUAGUGAGCAGUUUGAAUUACAAACACUAAAACCAGACAUUUGCUGCACUAUUUAGUUGUUAAACAAUGCUAAUUAUUCAACAAUAGAUAUGACAUUAUCUAGCACUAUUUUGUUUUAGUUUUUUUUGUUGCAAUUUUUCAGUAUUUCUCAACCAAAAAGACCUGAAAAGACCAUGAAAAAAUGAUGUGAGGCUUACACAAAGAAUAAAACUUAACAGAAUUAUCAGAAUGAUUUUCAUAGGACUAUAAAAUAGUCACCAGCUAAUAGACACCAGUAACUCAAAGCACAAGAMUUGUUUUCUUUUGUUGGAACAGUACAGGACUAUUGAUGCUGACAAUUGUUUUGAAGUCCCAUGGAAACCAUUWUAUUUUAUAACCAAAUCAUGACCUAAAAGUUGUACAAGUCAGUAGAAACUUGACACAAAUAUGGAGCAGAGCAAAUGCAGUUAAAAAAACUAAAUGAGUUUGUAUUGUGUACUAAUUUUAGUUAUUAUUCUUAAUUGACUUAUGAAAUGCACUUGUUUAACACAGUUAGUGACAUAGUAUUGUUGGUAUUAUUUUCCUAUAACAGUCACAAUAUUCAUUGUGAUAAAAGUCUUUUUUUUAGCUGUAUAAACUGUAUUUGCUCAAUGUUUCAAAUGUCACACUCUCUCUUUUCCAUUUAAUAGUUGUACAUCAAGAUGUUUACUUCUUUUUAUUCCUUAGUUUUUACUUGAUCUUCAAUUCAUGCUUGUAUUUUGUAAAUAGAAGGGUUUUAUAUACAAAGCCUAUAUGGGGUUAGUUUGUCUAUCACAUUAAGCACAUUCCAUUUGUAAUUUUUGAAGUGCUUGGCAUGUUAUUUCCAAACUGGCCUUUAGGUUUAGGAUCAAUGUUCAUACAAGUACAUUAUGACUGUCCAAUUAAAACUUGUCCCUGUGUCUCA